GCCGAGAACGUGCAGGAAAAAACAGUGAUCAUACUGUCAGAUGUUGGAUCUACUUUCUGCAAAAAAACCCUAAGUGCACACGAGAAUGAAUUCACCAUUGCCGAAGAGUGGCGCCGGAAUAAAGUGCGAAUUGUUUAUGUAGCUAUAGAAGCAAAGUACAGAGAGAAUAUGGAAAGCGUUGCGGGCGGUGCACAUCAAGUUAUCCCUGUGUCGGACUUUGGAGCAAUGGACAAGAGUGUUGUGAAGGAAGUGCCAGCCAAGUUAUGUGCGCCUGUGGAAGAGUGGAAACCACCAGUUUCGUGCCAAUCUGGCGUCGAUAUCACGAAAGUCACAAAGUCUCUCGUUUUCAUACUGGACGCUACUGAAUCAAUAAGUGAAGAGCAGUGGAACAAG